AUGUACCUACCUGGAUUCAACAAUGCCUCUCAUACCCCAUCCUGGCCAAACCAAAGUCGCGAUCCGCUCAUCAUUGAACCAGAAUUCGAUCGGUUGGUAUUCAUGGUGGUCGAUGCACUUCGAAACGACUUUAUUCUCGGCGAAGACUCAGGAUUUGACUUUGUCAAGAGCCGUAUCGUAGAUGGUGGUGCGUUAGCUUUUACAGCCAAAGCAACAGCUCCAACUGUGACAAUGCCGCGUAUCAAAGCUCUCACCACAGGAACCAUACCAAGCUUCUUGGAUGCUAUUCUCAAUAUUGCCGAGUCGGAUACCAGCUCAUCUUUGCAGCAUCAUGAUAAUUGGGUGCAUCAGCUCAAGGCGUCAGGGAACAGGACGAUACACUUUUUUGGAGAUGAUACAUGGAUCAGACUAUUUCCAGGCACCUUCACCAAACAUGAUGGCACGACCUCGUUUUAUGUGUCAGAUACAGUCGAGGUCGAUUUGAAUGUGACACGCCAUAUCAAACCUGUUCUCUCUGAGGAAGAUUGGGAUGCAGUCAUUUUUCAUUAUCUUGGAUUGGAUCAUGUGGGCCAUUUGGGUGGACCAUAUAGCCCGUUGAUGCUUCCAAAACAGAAGGAGAUGGAUAAGGUGGUGGAGGAUAUCUAUGAGAUUGUGUCACGACAAGAUGCACAUCGUAUAUCGCAAAAUCCUGAUGCAAAAGGUACGCUCAUUGUUCUUUGCGGCGAUCAUGGAAUGAACGAGGAUGGCAACCAUGGUGGUUCUUCUAUUGGUGAAACAUCAGCAGCACUUGUCCUUUUAAGCCCACGCUUUGAAUCGCGCCCUACAAUCAAGCACAAACAAUCAUUCAAUAUCAACAAAGACGAACACAAUGGACCAUUUGGAUUUCCUGUUAUUGAUCAGGUGGACUUGGUGCCGACACUCUCUUGUCUUUUUGGUAUCCCGAUACCCCGCAACAGCCUUGGGAAGGUUAUUCCAUCACUUUUCCUCAAGCAAUCUGAUCCAUCACUAUUGCUCCGAGCACUCCAACUCAACACAUAUCAGCUGGGAAAUCUGAUUGCUACCACAGACGUUUUUAUUAUCCCUCAUCUCCACGGCACAGAAGACCCAACUUUGCUGCCUCAUGCAGAUGGAAAGUUUUACAGCAGAGGAGUCAAUUACCACAAGCAGUUCAUGGAAACAGCAAACAUGGAAUCUGCACAAUUAUCCAUGGAUGCCUAUUUAAAGUUCAUUGAAUUCGCUCAAAUGAGACUUACCAGCACUGCAAGUGAUUACAAUGAACUUGACAUGCUAGCCGGUGUAUUACUUAUUCUUGUCAGUGCCUGGAGGCUUCAAAAAUGGGCUAUGCAACGAUGGGAAAAGACCCGGACUCACGCACAUCGUAUGCCGUUCAGCAAAGCAUUUGCAGUAUUCGUGAUUGCAGCAUACAUGGUCAGCAUGUUUGCCAGCAGCUUCAUCGAGGAAGAGCAUAUGACUUGGUAUUAUUGCACAGCCACAAUGUUCUUAUUACUUGCAAUUGAAAGCUCUUGGUUAUUGUCAAUGGAGAAGCCAUUCACCAAACGAUUACAACUUGGGACCCUUUGUAUUCUGCAAAUGGCUUUGAUACGAAUUGGAAUGGCUUGGGGCGAUCGCAGCGUGCAAACAACAUUAUUGAAGACGUUGAGUAGUGGUGAUCAUAUCCGGUGGCACUUGUUGGCCCUUUCAUUGUCGAUCUUUUUCGUGCUCGGUGUUACGAGAAUAUGGAAAAUCAACAUUGCAAACAAUCAAGGGAUCAUGUCCGUUUCUUCGAGUGCCGGCUAUAUCCAAUUGCUGUGCAAGCUAGGAUUCAUUUUGACGUUCGGCUUAUAUGCAUUGAUGGUCAUGAUUUACAAGAUGCGUACGGACAUUUCAGACAAUGACGAUAUACCCGAUGUCUAUAAGGAGUGGAUUUUGAUAUCACCAAACUUUGAGUUUGCAGCACAGCUGGAUAUGGUUAGCCUGGGUCGACUGGUGUACAAUUAUGCAGCAACAAGUGUACUCGUUUUGACAGCACUCGUAUACGUGACCGAGCGUGCUAAUGUGCUUCAAUUAACAGGGGAAGACGCAAAUGAAGAUGAUGAUGAGCCGCUUCGCCACUCACUACAAACACGGCAUUAUCUGGAUGCAUUGCUGUACGCCGUCACACCUGUGUUGAUCCUUUUCACGCGUACACAAAAUGCUGUUUUGUUUGUAUUGUACGCAUCCCAAUUCCAUGUAUGGCGACGAUGGCAAUAUGCAGUGCUCUUCUCAGAUGAUGAUGAUCCAAAACCUAAACGACACAUCCCAGGUUGGCUGUUGGCUGUUUUAAUCACUUGCAUGACACACUUGACAUUUUUCAUGACUGGUCAUUCCAAUUCGCUCGCUGCUGUGGAUCUUAGCAAUGCAUACAUUGGUGUGGAUGGAUACGAUACGAUGAUCAUCGGUGCGUUGACCUUCUGCUCCAAUUGGUCAGCAAGUCUUUGGUGGGCCAUUGCAGGAUGGAGUCUAGUGAUAGACAAUGGUGUGGCUACCCAACCAAAUCAUGAGGAGGAAGAUCGAUCGGCUUUGGAAGAUCGGUGGUACGACUACAUCAUCACACAAUCUGCAUUGUUCGCAAUCUUCAUCAUGGUGCUUUCGUUCUCGGUGAGGUCCCUUCGUUAUCAUUUAUUUGUAUGGACUGUGUUCUCGCCCAAAUACUUGUAUCAGGUGGCAUGGACUUGUUUAUUCCAUUGGAUGGCCCAAGUCGUGCUGGGUACAGUGGUGGUGAAAAUAUAUACCCGCGGUAAACAAUCCUCGUAG